AUGAAUGCUGCAGUCAGGAAUGGUAAAAUCCAUCUGGGCUCCUUGUAUGCGACUGUGUUUCCUGGUGUGCGGGUUCAUUAUAUAAAGGCUCUCUGGUGUAGGCUUUCAGCUCCUAAACACCAGUUUAUUUUCUGGCUUGCAGUAAACCAGAAGUUGAAUACCAGGGAUUGGUUGCUGUCUUGCCAUAUCCCUCUUCUAUCAGCUUGCUGUCCAGUUUGUGGUCAAGAGGAAGAGUCUCAUACUCACUUAUUUUUUGAUUGUGUUUUCUCCAGAAAUGUUCUCCUUGCUGUCCAGGGUUGGCUUAGAGGAUUCUCCUGGCCGGUUCAGUUUAGUAAUUGGAUCAAGUGGCUGGCUUUACCUCGGGAUGGCUGGUUUUCGGUGGUUCUGUAUGCUACUUGUGCAGCUGCUGUGUAUUACAUAUGGCAGAAUAGGAACCAUUGCUGGCAUGAUAACUUUUGCUUACCAAUGUAUAGGAUUGACCAUAUGAUUAGAUUUUCUAUCAAAGCUAGAAUUCUGAAUUUAGUAGGCAGUAAGUGUUCUUAUGGUGAAAAGCAAAUGCUUAAGUUUGUAAUGAAUUUGUGA